AUGAUUGAAGACGAAACCAACCCAGAACUAGACUCACUCUUUGAAGACGAUCCGGGAUCGCUAGCAGAAAUUGGAGAAGAAGAUGCAGACGAUUUAAACAUAUCCAAUAUUGCCACAAAGAUAUGGCUCGUCAAGGUACCAAACUUUUUGGCAGAAAAGUGGAAGAAUGUAGACCAAGAUAGUAUGAAUCUUGGAACCGUUCGAAUAUACAAUAGUCCGCAUGUUGUUAUUAUACUGAUGCUUUGUUUUCAGGUCAAACUUAUACUACCAGAAAACGAAAUGACAAGCGAUAUUCCCAAAGAAUAUUCAAUAAAAAUACCGGCAGGAGAGGUGGAAAACAAAUAUGUAUUCGGCAGCAAUGAUCACGGAGCGGCUACUAGAGUGGUUGGUAAGAUACACCAUGAAUGUCACGUCUCACCGGCAAACUGGACAGCAUACCGUGAUAUUAUGCGAAAGCGAGUUCAUGAAGCCGACCGACCAACUCGAUCUGUACAAGAAAUUGAACAAAGACAUCAGCCUGUAUUUGCUCCAGGAGCUAGUAGUGGCAUGCCAGUCAGUGAUUUCUCAUCGUUCAUUCCAUCCAAGAAACCUCGGAUCGACAAGGAGAAAGCCACACGCAUGCCAAGAAACGAACUUAUGGAUAUGCUAUUUGCUGCAUUUGAACAGUACCCUUAUUGGUCACUCAAAGGAAUUGCUGAACAUACAAAGCAGCCAAUGCAAUAUCUCAAAGAAAUCCUCAGCGAGAUUUGCAUUUUGAACAAACGCGGACCGUACACCUCAAUGUAUCAACUGAAAGCGGAAUACAAAGUGCGGGGGAAUGACAAUAGACCCAAGGUUGAAGGCAAUUCAGAAGCAGGAAGUGGAGAUGGUUUGGACGGCGAGCUCAGCUCGGAUGAUGAAGAGAAUGAAGAUGACAUGGAAAUGGUUCAGUAA